UUAUAUUUGUUGGACACCAUGCGCUGUUAUUACGACGAGCUCGAGCUCCGACGAGACGCUAAUGAUGGGGAUAUUAAAACCGCUUACCGCAAAAUGGCACUACGCUGGCACCCUGAUAAGAACCUUGACAGACUGGCGGAAGCGAAAAACCGCUUUCAGCUAAUUCAGCAGGCGUACGAAGUGCUCUCCGAUCCGCAAGAGCGAUCUUGGUACGACAACCACCGCGAGCAGAUCCUGCGCGGCAAGAACUCAGAGUACUCCGAAAACUGUCUAGACGUGUUCCAGUUCUUCACCAGCUCGUGUUACAAGGGCUAUGGAGAUGAUGAUCAUGGCUUUUACCACGUGUACACCCAGGUCUUUGUCCAGAUCGCCUCGGAGGACAUCGAGUUCAUGGACGAAAACGACCGACUGGGAAUGGCGCCAGACUUUGGCCAUGCGAACAGCAGCUAUGAGGAGGUGGUGGGUCCAUUCUACGCCUUUUGGCAGGCCUAUAGCACCAGGAAGACCUACGAGUGGCUGUGCCCGUACGACGUACGAGAGAUCAAGGAACGCUUCAUCCUACGGAAGGUUGAGAAGGAGAUGAAAAAGAUUGUCCAGAGUGCCCGCAAAGAGCGCAACGAAGAGGUUCGCAACCUGGUCAACUUCGUUCGGAAGCGUGACCGCAGAGUGCAGGCCUAUAGGCGCGUGCUUGAAGAGCGUGCCGAGGCCAAUCGACUUAAGCAGGAGGAGAAACGCAAGGAUCAGUUAAGAAAGCGACAGGAGGAACUGGCGGCCGUCACAGAGAAUAAAGUCUUCAACGAGGGCUACGAGGAGCAAUUGAAGCAGUUGGAGCAGCAGUACGAAAGCGAGUCGGAUGGAUAUACAGAUGAAGAUGUGGACGGCGAAAAUACGGAGCAGGAAGUUAAUGGGGAAUUUAAAAAUUUCGAGGUGGAGUACGUCGACGAUCUGUACUGCGUGGCGUGUAACAAGACAUUUAAAAAUGCGAAUGCUCGUGGAAAUCACGAGGAAAGCAAAAAGCACAGGGAAAAUGUCAGCCGGAUGUGCCAGGAAAUGGAAGAGGAAGAGGAAGCUUUUAACGAAAAAUCCCAAGAAGAUAGUGUAAGUGAUGUAGAAGAGUUACUGGAUGAAUUUAAAAUUGAUGACGAUGAGAUUUCUGGAGGGGAGGCACUAAGUGAGGAAGAUUCUCCCCUCACUAAGCGCAACAAAAGGAAUAAAAAAUCUAAAAAGUCAGCCGCGAGGCAAGCACAAGAGGAGGCCGGCGAUGGCCUAGAUCAAUCCUUAGAUUUUAAAUCCACCAAGAGCGAGUCAGAGGACGAAAAUUGGAGUAAAGGCAAAAGGACGGCCAAAAAGAGCAAAAGCAAAAAGUCAGCGUUAAUCAAGAUAAAGCAAGCAGAGCCAACGAUUGAGGAGUCAACCCCAAAAAAGGCCAACGAUGCUCAAAAAGGCUGUGAUGAAGAUAUUGAUCCCUCCAAGCCGCAACACUCUUGCGUCACCUGUAGGCUUGUUUUUGACUCUAAGAAUAAACUAUUUACGCAUCUGAAGAAAACUAACCAUGGCGUAUACAUACCUAAAGCCAAGCCUGAUGUUGAGGGCAAACCUGGAAAAUCCAAGGGCAAGCGGAACAAGUAGAACCGAAGCAACAGCUAGGCUCAUUCUAUCCAUAUUGUAGAAAUGUUAGAACUUUUUAUGUUUAUGUUAAAAUUAAUUCGAAAAUGAAGUAAUGUAUGGUCUCUUUAAA